AUACAAAUAGUUGGCCUGGCCGAUCGACUGACCUGACAGCCCUGGUUCAGCUACCUGGCCGAGAGGUCAAGAAGUCACUUGAUAGACAAUGCGAGCCAUUGAGUUGAUCGGCGCCAGAGCCAGCAAAUCAGUUAGCGUUGGCAUGCGCACUGAUCAAUUUGUAAGCGAGAGCGUGAGUCGAGCUGAGAGUCAGGGAGAGACAGGAACUAGGACACAUAACCGCCCGGUUAUAGAGAGAGAGCGAGUCCGGCGAUUGGGAUUUGUAUGAGAGCAAGAUGAGUUUGCGCUUCAAUUUGGCGCUUCUGCUGAUGCUGGCCCUGCUGACGCAGUUGGUCGACGGCAGGAGGAAGCUAUGUGGCGAUGCACUCAACGAGGCCCUUGACCUGAUAUGUGUUAAUGGAUUUUCACACAGAAUCAAGCGCGAUUCGGACCGAAGCCGACUGCUGCUGGUACUGAGGCAACAACUGGACACCGGCGAGCAGCCCCAGGCCCCGGCGGAACGGAUCAAUGGGGCCGGCGUGGAGCGGGUGCUGAAACGUUCGCGGCGCAGGAUAACGCACAAAUGCUGCUGGGAUGGAUGCACCUACGACGACAUUCGGGAGUACUGCGCCUAGCCCAAAGGAAUCGACUUGAUGAUGACGAUGGCAACAAUGAUGAUGGCAACACUGAUGAUGACAAUGAUGAUGACGAUUUAACUGACAAAGCAAAACCAAAAAUUUCACUCAACUACAU